AUGAUCCUCAGCUGGCGUGACAGCCGGCAGGAGCAGUCCAGUCUGCUUCAGAAGCUCUUCCAGUGGAAGUUGUCGCAGUACCCUUGCCGUGAGGUGAUCGUGAUCAACGGUGGAGCAGGCUUCAGCACGACGGGAGACCUGCGGGACAGCAGGCUUGGCCUCUCCAUUCCUGUCAUCUUCGCCGGUGUGGUGGAAGGCCAGACUUCCUGUCAUGGCUGGCAGCUCACCGGAGAAGUGCCUGGCGGACGCUUCAAGUACAGCUACCGCCAACCGAGUCCCAACAAAUGGGGCCUCCACUUUCUCGACAUCGACCUCGGCACGUCGCAACGACCAGCGGUGGACAUUUCGCUAGUUACCGGGCCUCUUCCGCAGCCGCAUGCGCCGCGGUCGGCACAGCGAGGGGUUGUCCACGACAAAGACGAGUCUAUGCAGCAAGCCGUGCAGAGCCCACCCGUGCCCACCCAUGCAGCUUCACACGCCAUGUUUUGCUCUGCUGGCUGUGCGCCACCGAAACGCUCCUCACUCAGGGAGCCCUUGCGCGGCCCGGCGGGCUGUUCUGAGACCGCGCUCAGCGAUUCUCUCCAGUCGAUCCGGCUGCGACUGGAAGCAGUAGCCUUCGGGCACCGGCACAAGCGUAUUGACGUGCCAGCCCUUGUCGAAGAGAUUCGGAGAGCCACUGCAUCUCUGGUCUGGUGCGAAACCAACGAUGACUCCUUGUUCAGCCUGUUCUGCGAGCACGCCAUGCUUCCAGGAUUUGUUGCCGCACUUCGAGCAGAGGCCGUCCCUGUGGUUGUCAAGCUGCAGAUCUUACAGUCCCUGUCUAUACUGGUGCAGAAUGCCCAGCGCGACACUUCUCUGAUCUACUUGCUGUCCCAGGGCAUGCUGAAUGACUUCUUCGAUGACCCGCCGGACAGUAUGGACGAAGAAUCAAUGGCCUACUUCGUCACACUUCUGAAGGGCAUCGCCCUGCGCCUCGACGGAGAGCUAGGGCUGCUGUGCCUCGCGACGUGCCGGAGCACCGAGAGCAAGGGCAGUGGAGGCUACGUGGCCGAUUCCGGCAGAAGAGAAGCUGCCUUGCGAAUGCCGAUCUUCGACAGGGCCGUGCAGCUGAUCGACCAUGCAGAUCAGAUGGUGCAGACCUCGGCUCGGAAUGCCACGCUCCGAAUGCUUAGCAUCGACGCGCCGGCUGUGCGUGCCGCCAUGGAGGGCACAGCAGCAGGCAUCUUGGCUCCCGAGCUGGCUGAUGUGGCCUCGAGGCUGCGCGACGGCGUCAGCUUCAGAGACGGGCUCAAGUUGGACGAUGCGAAGGCCCAGCCGGCGGCUCUCACCUCCUUGCUCGACUUUGUCGGCGACCUGCUUUUCUUAGGCAUCCCGCCACUUACUGCUGCGAUCGAACGCGAAGGCUUCUCCGCGGUGGGCGGCCGUGCGGCCUGGCAAGGGCCGCUGAUGUUACUUCAUCAGGCCGAGAAUCAUCCUGCCGUCCGUGUGUUUGAGACGCCUGUGGAGGGGGCAACCGUCAUUGCCGAGAUAGCCAACGGUUCAUUGCUACAUGCCCUCGCCGUGAGUGGCAACUUCGUGAGCAUCUGUUGGAAAGGCAUCGACGGAUGGAUUGGUCGGAAGAAUGCUCGACGUGCCACCAGGCCAAUUCUGCUGACUAAGCUGUGA